AUUCAUUCAUCAUUUUUUUGCAAUUAAAAAUGUCAAAUAAUACGCUGACAAAAGAAAAAUAACGCGAGUGUUUAGCUCUUAUUUUCAAGAACUCCUGACUAAAAAUCGUCUCAACUUUUCACCAUUCGGAAGUGUGUUUACGGUCUUGCGUUGUGGAUAAAGUUUAUAACUUGUAUUUCAAUCAUUGAACUUGUAUUCGCGAAGACCUUGUGCACAGUGAACGCGGUUAUUUUAUCGUCAAAAACAUGUGUUAUUUUUAAAUAAUACUUCUGUACGUCGUAGUUUAUUCAUUAAUAAACACUUUGUGAAUGUUGCGUCAAAGUGGGGCACCGUGAGCGUGUGUAAAUAAACAAAGAAACAGUCGGUUCCAUCGUAUGUUCUAGACGUUUUGCUCGCCACCAUGGAAAGAUUUGUGACUGUUUAGGGAGUAUGGAGCGUUUGUAUCAUGACCUAAACCUGGCCCUAGAGGAGAGUAACUGCGGCCGGCAGGAGCGACGCAAGUUAGGGCUUCGGCGACGGACCCGCUCGGCGGGGAACCUGCCGGCCGCAGUAGCAGUAAGCCUACUCACAGAAGAUGGAAGCUCUAGCAGCCCCCCACAAGCACCACUAAUAACACAGCCGCUGUCCGACUCCGAUGACCCUCAACUGAACCCCCACAAGGGCCUGAAGUCCCGACAUUACUGUCAGAUUGGCAACUUUGAGUCCGACUCCUUCAAUGAGAACUUUUCACCCACCCGGCCCUCAAAUGCGAGGAGAAAACGGAAAUAUAAGAAGAUGCCGGUGGAGUAUGCAGAAGGAGACCGGUCUCCCCCGGUGGAGAUUUUGACUAUUACAACUGAGCCUAAUACAUCACCAUCCACAAUAAUGCUACAAUCACAGGGUCUGGCGCCACUCGUUUAUAUGCACCGCCAUAAAUCGUUUUUAAAACAUGAAAGAAAUGCUUUCUGUGGCAAAAGGAAAUGGUCGCACAGGGAUAAAGGAGAUGUCUGCGAAAUGAGAGAGAGAUCGUUCAGCGGCGGGUGCUCUUCUAAAUCCACUUUCUUCUCCAAAAACGACUUCAAGUCGAAAAAGCAUGAAACGGACAAAAAGAUGAAAGAACCAGUCUUACAGCCAGGCAAGAUUGUCCUCAAAUCCCAGAACACAGAAGGAACUAAACCCUCCAGCUUUACAAACACUCCAUCUCUCCCCGGGAGCUCUAGUUUUAACUUUGUCUAUAAGAACUCUAAAAACGGCACGCCAAUUUUGUCGAAAAUGACCGGCUAUAAAAUUCCCACAGACUUGCCCCCAUUCUUCAACCCAACCACAAGUACAGGGAAACAGUUUGACGGAAAGAUGUACAGAAAAUCAAAAAUGCUGAAUAAAAGUCAUCCUCCUAACUCGCUGAGAAAUCCCUUGUUGUUUGAUGAUCAGAAUAGUGGAAUGGAAUGCGCUGGAAACGAGUCUAGUUCUUUAAGCAGUAGCGACUCAGAUGGAGUUGUAACUAAUGACAGUGACAGAGAGGGAGAUGAUGAACUGACAGACUGGCCGGGCAUUGAGGAACUCAAAGUCUUCAACAAAAGCCUAACCUUCAAAUCGUCCAAAUCCGUGAACAACAACUCUCCAAAAUCGGUCAGCAACAUGCCACCUCCAAAACGGCUGAAAAAAGAAAAGAGUCUAGUCAAAAGCGGUUGGGCCAGUUGCAAGAAUAGGUUUAAGAAGAAACGAGCUAACAUAGACUCGGGAAACGAUGACGACGCUAUGAUGUCAGACUCGAAAACCGUAGUAGAUCUCGAAGAUGGCGUCUUGAAAGAGAACAGAGAUAUAUUACAGCCCCACUCUUCUUUUUCCACGUUCAGCGAUAUAAAAAACGCGGGCAUAUCCGGGCAGAGCGCAAACGAAUCCUUCUUCCAAUCAUUUUUAGCUUUUCAAGAAAAAACUGGCGACCAGGACGGGUUCCAAACGCCGCGAACGAAUUUUUCUUUACAAAAGACUUCUUCUAGCGAUCUGAAUGUGAGUGAGAGAAGUCCACAGAGCGAUCAUUAUUUCAGCGAGCAUUCCAUGGGCAUAGCCACUGCGGCCGAGGUCAGAGAAAUCAGGGCAGGUUGUCGGAGAAUCAGAGAUGAAAGACCAGGGUUCUUAAUUCUCAGCGCAGCCAAUGAGCAGCUCUCAAAGUUCCUUCAGGAUUCCUGUCAGUCGGAAUUGAAGUUGCCAAGUUUAAAUGACCCUGAGGAAAAGGAGAAGUUAGAAUCACUAGCGAAGCUGUAUUCACUUGAGCUGCAGGUGGAAAUGGGACGGCCAGUUUUAAGGAAAACUAGCAACACAAUGCAAGCUAUAAGAGUCGAGCAUUCCUACCACAACUUCCCGUCUGACCACAAGCGGCGCUGCUACGGCGAAGACCAGGACUCGAGCCUCAGUGAUCCGGUUAACUCGAACGAUGAAGAAAAAGACUUUGCCGAAGACUCGUUCUCGCAUUCGUUGGUGGAUCGCUCGCUGCUGCAUCCAGGUGAAUUUAACUGAGAGUUGGAAACCGGUUAAUUUUUCAAACCGGUUU